AUGUCAUCCAUGCGUAACGCUGACUACUCUCUCCGAGCCAAGGACUUCAACAAGAAGAAGGCCCAGCUCCAAUCGCUGCGACAAAAGGCCGCUGACCGAAACGAAGAUGAGUUUUAUUUUGGGAUGAUGUCCCGCAAGGGCGCUGGAUCGCGAAUCAAGGACGGCAAGAGCUGGACAGGCAAGCUCGAAGGCGACCGUGGCAACAGGGCCAUGGACGUCGACACCGUGCGACUGCUCAAGACCCAGGACCUGGGGUAUAUCCGGACAAUGCGACAGGUGGUUGUCAAAGAGAUUGCGAGACUAGAAGAGCAGAUCGUCUUGACAAGGGGAUUGGAGCAUCUUGACAGCGACGAUGUUGAGGAAGAUGACGUAGACUUUGACGACGACGAUGACGAGAAACGCUUGCCCGCGAAACCCAAGGCAGCGAGGAAAAUUAUCUUCUUGGACGAUGAGGAGGAACGCGAGGCGACAAUGCUGGAUAAGUUGGAGGCAGAGCAGGAUGACGAUGACGACCAAGAAGAAGGAGGGGGAGACGGCGUUGCUCCAGUCGACAAGGAGGAUGACGAAGAGUUCGAACGGGCCAAGUCACUGCGAAGACUCAAGAGACAGCUUGAAAAUGCCAAGCGGAAGCUGAAGGCUUUCAACGACGCCGAGGCACACCUUGACGUGCAGCGCGCCAAGAUGGCCAAGACAGCGACGUCUGGAGGACACACGAGAAGAGGAAAGAAAAUCAUGGUUCGCACAAGAAAGCGUUAG